CUUCUCAUUCCUAUUUGCUAACAACAUCUCAUUUCUGGACUUUACAUUCCUUUCUUCCCUUCAUUUUCUCUCGCUUAAGCUCUGAGUAAAUGGCCUCGAUAGAGAACAAUAAUAACAACUUAACCAGGUUUUGUAUGCAUGCCAAGGGUACGCUUGAGCAAGUUGUUCAGUCGGCGAUCCAGCGUGGAUUCACAAUCUAUGGCCUCUCCGAGCAUAUGCCUCGUUAUCGUCCUGAUCAGCUUUAUCCUGAAGAGUCCCAUUUGACAACUCAAGAUCUAGAAAGGAUGUAUGACCAGUUCUUACAGGAGGCUGUGCGUCUUCAACAGAAAUACAAGGAUCAGAUUUGUCUCCUAAUCGGCCUUGAAACCGAAUACUUUGGACCUGAAUCUAUUGAGUAUGUUCGGAAUCUUCGACAACCUUAUCGACAGACCUUAUUUGGCCCCACAGAUACUUCAUCUUCUACAACUACAGCUACAGCUACAGCUACAACAUUAACAACGGCUGGUACUGUUCCUCCACCAAUCACAUUGCCGCAGGCACUGGAGAAAGUGGGUCAUGGAUCAUGGCAAGUCUUGUUCCGAGAAUAUUUUGAUGCACAGUUUCAAAUGCUUCAAGGACUUCAGCCGGAAGUUGUGGGACAUUUGGAUCUGGUGCGCAUCUUUUUUAGUGCCAUUAAUGGAUGUCAUCAUCAUCAGGGUAAAGAUCAAAAUAAAAGUCAGGAACAACAUGAACAAGAAACAGCCAGGCAGAACCAAAACAAACUAACACCAGAUCUUUGGGAACUUGUGAGACGCAACGUUGACUAUGUAGUCGGUUAUGGCGGACUGUUUGAGCUUAAUUCACGAGCUUGGAAGAAAGGGCUUGCGGAUGCCUAUCCUCAGCGGGACAUUCUCGAACAUAUCCUCUCAAAAGGAGGAAGGAUUACACUCUCGGACGAUUCUCAUGGACCCGACGAUGUCGGUAUGUUCUACAACCCAAACUUGAAGGCAUACCUUGAGAGAUGAAAUCGACCAGGUGUAUUACCUCGCUCCCAAUGACAGUGAGGAUAUCUAUACUGAACAUGCUUCACAGGGGGCAAAAGUAAAUGAAUCUUUCCAACAUGUCCAUGUCCGCUCAAUACCUUUAGCUUCAUUGAAGUUUUACGAAAAUUAGAAUAGGACAUGUAAAAAAAAGAAAAACAUUAAGGAAGAAAUAUGAG